AUGUUGUCAAGUCUAGAAUUAAGGAACUGCGGGGAGUUGAGUGGGUCUGCGUUCGAGGGCGUUGGAUGUAAGCUGCUACAAGGACUGACGCUGGAGUUUUGCGGUGGGCUGACAAACGCGGGGCUCGAGGCAGCGGCGGCCGCAUGCCCAUCGUUACUGCAACUCAAUGUUAGGAAUGUCAAGAACGGUCCAGAUUUAUCUGCUGGGAUCGAGAGCUUCACUGCACACGGCGGCCUGGAAACUAUUACUGUGGAGGGAUGCCGGAUCACUGACGUCACCCUGCGGAGCUUUGCGGUCCGAUGCCCUUUGCUGAAGAAAGUUCUCAUCAUGCACGAGGACGUCAUAACCGAUGCCGGAGUUGCUGCCUUCAUGACAAGCUUGCCUGGCUUAACUCGGGUCGACCUCGUGUUCAACAGCCAGCUUUCAAGCGAAGGCCUUUUACGGCGGUCUACAAGCGGGGAUCAUAGGCUCGAGCUGCAGCCGCUUACGUCGGAUAGCCCCAUCCGAAUGUCUGUAAUGUUCAUUGACGGAGGCCUCCCAUAA